UUUUUUAAAAUUAGGGAUAUUCGAAUAAAAAAUUAUUUUAUAUACAUAACCAGAGGAUAAUAAUUUGAAAUCUUUAAAUCUUACCAAAGGCGUUAAUAUCUAAAAAAAAAUCCUUGAAGCCAUUCUCUCAGUGUAAUGGCAACUGAAGAAGUGUUGGAGUUCCUCGGUCGUGUUCCUCUUCUUCAGAGGCUUCCUCCGUCGUCUUUACAGAAUUUAUCUCAACUUGUUAUUGUCAAAAACUAUGAGGCAGGAGAGUAUGUUGUUCGCGAGGGAGAGCCCGGAGAGGGUCUUUACUUCAUUUCGGAAGGAGAUGCUGAGGUUAUUAGGCCUGGUAUCGCCGAUGAUGAAAAGGAUCUAGAUUUUCAUCUUAAAAAAUAUGACUAUUUUGGAUCUGGUAUUGCUGGUUUAUCCAAUGCAGUUCACCAUGCUGAUGUUGUAGCUUUGACUAAGCUAUCCUGUGUAGUGCUUCCCCGUGAGCACUCGGCAGUUUUGCAGGCAACGCCUAUCGGUAGUGCAGAAAAAUCUAUGGAGACAUGCUCACUUGUAGAGCAUAUAUUGCAUUUGGAACCAAUAGAGGUAGAUAUUUUUCAAGGAAUAACCCCUUCAUAUGCUCCAAAGUACGGGAGCGUGUUUGGAGGACAGUUAGUUGGACAGGCAUUGGCUGCAGCAUCGAAGUCUGUUGAUCGUCUAAAAGUUGCUCAUAGCUUGCAUUCAUAUUUUCUUCUUGCGGGGGAUUUUAACCUACCAAUUCAAUAUAAAGUUAAGCGUCUGCGCGAUGGGAGAACCUUUGCUACGAGGAAAGUUGAUGCCAUUCAAAAGGAAAAAGUCAUAUUCACUUUGCUGGCUUCAUUUCAGAAAGAGGAAUUAGGAUUUAAACACCAGGAAGUUUCUAUGCCAUCUGUCCCUACUCCAGAUGAGCUUUUAUCAAUGGAAGAGUUAAGAGAGCAACGUCUUACUGAUCCUCGUCUUCCAAUGACUUUCCGGAACAAAAUUGCUUCAGCUGAAUUCGCUCCCUGGCCGAUAGAGAUACGGUUCUGUGAACCUAGACCUGCGACAAAUCAGACCAAGACUCCUCCUAGUUUGCGAUUCUGGUUUAGAUCAAAGGGAAAGUUGUCUGAUGAUCAGGCCUUGCAUAGGUGUGUGGCUGCAUUUGCUUCUGAUCUAAUAUUUCUUCACGUAAGUAUGAAUCCCCACCGUGGGAGGGGUAUACAGAUGCGCGCCUUGAGUUUGGACCACACCAUGUGGUUUCACAGACCUAUAAAAGCUGAUGACUGGGUGCUAUUUGUGAUCUUUAGUCCUACCUCCUUUAAUGCGCGCGGCUUCGUUACAGGCCAAAUGUUCAAUCAGAAGGGAGAGCUACUUGUUUCAUUGGUUCAAGAAGGCCUAACGAUGAAGUAUAUUCCGAAAAGAUCAGCUACUAACUCUAAGUUGUGAACUUCUGCCAAAAAAAUAAGUAAAAAUUGAAGUUUUGAAGGUGAAAACUCCCAUGACAAGUGGUUUUCUUUAGUUCUGUUUUGAUGCAGGUCUUGUAUGAAAAUUGAUUACAUGUAACUAGACUAUGUAUGGAUGCAGUCAGUGAGUAGUAAUAAAAACAAAGAAUAGACCGUGAGAUUAUUUCUUGUCA